UUCCCCCUGUCCUGUGCUGGAAUUUACUCCUCACCCUUCCCUUUCCAUCCUACAUCCCUCCAGAGGAGAAGCCACUUUGAGAAGCCUAGGAGUCUGGGAGGGGGGCUCUCGCCCCAAAUCCAUACUCCCUUCCCAAACGCCCCUGCCCUGAGGCCAAGAAAUUUUCAAGAGCAGGAAAAACAACAGAGAAGCUUUUAAAGGCACAUCCAUCAUGGGGGUCAGCCGUGGCUGUUUGCUCUGCGUUAAAGUGAAGAUGUUUGUCUUCAACCUCAUCUUCUGGCUUGGUGGCUGUGGGGUCCUCGGCGUGGGAGUGUGGCUGGCCGUCACCCAGGGCCGCUUUGCCACCUUAUCGUUCUCCUUCCCAUCGCUGUCGGCCGCAGGGCUCUUCAUGGCUACUGGAGCCAUCAUCAUGGUCGUGGGCUUCCUCGGAUGCCUGGGGGCGGCCACAGAACAUCGCUGUCUCUUACUGACGUUCUUCCUGGUCCUCUCCACUCUCUUCCUCCUGGAGCUGGUUGGAUUGCUGGUUUUUGUCACCUGCAGGGACAAGUUUGACAGAUACGCCCAGUCCAAUUUGAAAGAAGGACUUAAGCUGUAUGAGACAGAGAGCAACUUGGGCUUAACCAGAGCAUGGGACCUUGUGCAGAAUGAGUUUCGUUGUUGUGGGGUGCAGAACUACACAGACUGGUUUGAGGUACGUAACAGAACAUGGGUUCCUGAGUCCUGCUGCUUACAGCAAAGCGAUAUUUGUCAAGUGGACAGCACUGCCUGGUGGAAGGAGCCCUGUUACGAGAAGGUGAAACACUGGCUAGGAAAGAACAUCUCGGCCAUGGGCAUCUUUGCUGCCUGCAUCAUCGUGGUCCAGGUCUUGGGCAUCGUGUUCUCCAUGCUGAUGUAUUGCCAGGUCCGGAGGGUAGAAAAAUACUAUGACUGAGUCCCCUCCUCAAUGACUGUAGCUCAGAAGCAGCAAUAAGGGCAUUUCUAGCACCUCUGGAGCCCCUCCCCGCUUUCUCUAGCCUGCCUCUUCCUCCUAAUUUGAGCCCGAGGGCUUCUCCUAAAGACAACUCCUGCCAUUUUUUCAUGCCACAUUUCCUAGGGAGAGAUAUUCUCACCUCAGAAAGAUACCCCCUUCCCUCUGAAAGACCUUUUUUUUUUUACCGUGCUGACUUUUCAACCCCUAAAUGGGAUUCCAUUCCCCCCCCACCUUUUUUCAACCCCUACUUGAGGUUCCAUUUUCCUCCAUCUCAGCCUACAUAGUUUCUCCCUAUAUUUUAUAUCAUGACUCUCCCAUCCCACUUUCCCUUCAAUCCUGUUGCUUUUGUAUAUAACAGAACUAUACUGAGCACCAAUAAAGCCAUGGAUACCUCUCGGUCACUCUA